UUUGGAAUUUGCUCAAUCAUGACAACUCCGUCUUUGAAGGUCGGUAUCAUUGGCGGCUCGGGCCUGGACGAUCCGGACAUUCUCGAAAACCGCGUCGAGAAGGAAGUGACCACGCGUUACGGCAAGCCGUCAGAUGUGCUCAUUCUUGGCCAAAUCCGCGGUGUGAACUGCGUCCUGCUCGCUCGACAUGGCCGCAAACACACCAUCCAUCCCUCCGCUGUCAACUACCGCGCAAACAUUCAAGCGCUGGUGGACGAGGGUUGCACCCAUCUGAUUGUCUCCACCGCCUGUGGAUCACUGCGUGAGCAAAUUGAGCCUGGCCACCUCGUGCUGCUGGACCAGUUUAUCGACCGCACCACGAAACGCGUCCAGACCUUCCACGAUGGCGGCGUCAACUCGCCUCCUGGAGUUUGCCAUAUUCCGAUGGCCGAGCCCUUUGAUCCCGUCACUCGACAGGUUCUUGCUGCCGAGUGUCAGCGUGCGGGCUAUGCAUUCCAUCCUUCUGGCACCAUGAUUACCAUCGAAGGCCCGCGCUUCUCGACUCGUGCUGAGAGCCGCAUGUUCCGCCAGUGGGGCGCAGAUGUCAUCAACAUGACCACAGUGCCAGAAGUGGUCCUCGCCGCCGAAGCCGGCCUGCUGUAUGCCAGCAUCGCCAUGUCAACGGAUUACGACUGCUGGCGUGAAUCUGAUGAGCCUGUCACCGUGGCGCGAGUGCUUGCUGUCAUGCGCUCAAACGCUGAAAAGGUGAAGGCCCUGUUCACGGCGGCCAUUCCUAAGCUGGCCGAAAGUGAAUGGUUGGAAGAGUACAACAAGCGUCAAGCCAUGGCGAAAGGCGCUGUGAUGUGAAAAAAACUUGCAGUUGGUUUUGCAUGCUCAUGAAACAAUGUUCGAACCUUCAACGGAAAAAAAAGCAAUUAUGAUAAUUAAUUUACAACAACGCA